CGGUUUUGCUACCGUUUAGUGAUGUGAAUCUCGUCCGUUUCCCAUCCUUUAAGUCCUGGAUGGAAUUUAACUCAUCAUGGCUCAUAGUGUCUUUCCUGAUGGAUUAUCCUACAAAUCGCGCCACCUGACCCGCGCCUUCACUGAACCCGGCCGCACCCAGGCUGGGGCACCCAUUAUUUGCUACAUUUCUCACGCGGACAACAGCGUUUUGCAAGUUGAAGUGGAACACAGAGCCGUCGGACAAGACGUUCUUGAUAAGAUUUGUCGGGAGCUUGGCAUUGUGGAGGAAGCGGAGUACUUUGGAAUUCAGUUUGUGGGUAGCAAAAACGAAAUACUGUGGGUUAAUAACCGCAACCGGCUUUCCAAACAGCUGUCUUCAUCACCUCCCUACCACCUCUACUUCAGAGUAAAAUUUUUCAUACCUCCAGAGGAUAUCCUCCUAGAAGGGACGAGGUAAGAUAUUUUAUACACUCGUCAUUUUUAUUUCUAGGCACCAAUUUUACAUCAACGUGGUCCGUCAACUAAAGGAGGGUGUGUGGGAUGCAGAAAUGAAUCUUCAAACUCAGGCUCAUCUGAUUGCACUCAUGGCUUAUGUACAGUUUGGGAAGUACAACCAAAACACCACGCCCUGUAAAUACGCGUGUUUCUGGCCAGAUAGUCGAGGAGAGAUUCCUCCAGAUGCUAUAGGUCUUGCGGCAAAUUUUCAUCGUGGUCUGGACGGAUUCACAGUUCAGCACGUGCAAUAUGAACUUCUCCGCUUAGCUGCUACUGAAGUUCCAUCAUAUGGAAUGCACUUUUAUGAGGUAAAGGACAUUUUUGAAAGACGGCUCACUUUUGGAGUCGGGCCCGAAGGAUUGGUGUUGUGUAACACGAAUUACACCAUCGAUGAUAAGUUCCCCUACUGCAGAGUUCAAACUAUCACCACGAGUUCUCGUGUCGUAACCUUGAAUCUGUUGGAAGAUGAUGGGAGUGUUAAAGCGCGAAACUAUCAGCUUGCCUCGCCGCGUUUGGCCAGCUCCCUGUAUCGACUGGUAAACGAAGUUUACGCCUUCUUCCGGUGUGAUUCUGUGCGGAAAGAAGUACUGUCGCAAACAAGAAGGGACAUACUGGAUGCCAUCUCGUUUCAUCACAACGGUAAAGAAUACGCUUUCGAUGUGCGAUACACUUCACGCGAGGUUUACGACCGUGCCCGACGUCAUUUGUAUCACUGCACCAGCAACACUGCCCCACAUGAAUCGCCACCAAACUACCCGGGAAUGAUAUCAGGUUCGCUCGGUGAUCCCUCCAACCUAUCUUCUAGCAAUGAACUUGGUGCACACCGGGCUUCAGGCGAUGUGGGUCUUGUCAGUCUGAAACGGGAUUACUCCAGCCGAGCGGAUUCAUUUGUUUCCGACGAGGAACUUCAGGAAAUUGUACAAAAAUGUCUAUGGGAAAUUGGUCUAUGCCGGAUUUGCGUGGAUGCGCCCAUUUCUCGAGUAUUUCUUCCGUGUGGUCAUAUUAUCUGCUGUGCUGAUUGUGCUGAGCGCAUUGAACAAUGUUCCGUGUGUCGUCAAGAUAUAAUGGAACGGCACCAGUGUUUUUUGCCCUGGAACACCGAACCAUCAUUUGAUCAUUUCAUACAUUCAGAAACCCAGCGACUACGUCGUCAGUCCACCAGAUCGGAGGCUUCCAAUUCAGCGUUGUCCAGUGCUGGAAACGACAUACCACACACAGCAUCUGCGCCUACAUGUAGCCUAUUUUCCCUACCAUCUACCACCUGUGUUGAUCCCUCGCUCCCUCGGAAGCCGAAUGUAUCGGACGAUGAAACUCCAGCACCGACUAGCGUGGACGUUGCGGUCGAUGCACCAGGGGCCAAGUCUUCAGGUGUUUCAUCCAGUUCGACGGCAACUCCAACACCCUGUGAUACUCCAGUCCACAAAACCGCAUCCACAGUCCACCCGCCACCCUCAAAUCUAACGGCCACUACUGAGCAAUGCUCUUCUGGUGCUCACCAGAGUUGCCCUACAUCUGCCACAGGAGAAUGUCACCCCGGUAGUUCCGUGAGUACUGUUCCAAGAGUUUCUCCACCUCGCCGACCGACUCACGUAAGCUGGCAGCUCAGUGACUGACCUCCCGGUUUUUCCCACACUUAAUUCAUGCCAGUGCGCCUCGUUCUAGUCAGCUGUCAGUGCUUGGAAACUUGGGGCUGAUGUCGCAGCUACUUCUAAUACUAAAACCGGUUUCCUUUGUUCAGAUUUCAAUAUUUUCUUUCUUCACUGUAUGGUUGUCGUUUAUGACAGAUUAGAGGAGCUCUCCCCCGCAUGUCAAUCAGUUCUUCCGGUUUUCUUAGAAAUAAAUGCGGUAUGGUUGCCUGUGUCCCCGGCUUUCGUUUCUCUCAUUCUCUUCCCGAAUGUUGUUUUCGUUCUACCAUUCACACAACGAUCCCACUCCCAUUCUCGCUCGGUUAGUAUGUUUCUUCUGGUCGUUACUCCAUUGUUACUAUUAUCGUCUGUUUGCUGCGUUCUAGUCCAGGUGGCUUUGGGCCGCUGCUUUGGGCAGCCUUAUUGGAAGCUGGCUUUCGUGCUCCCGUCUUCUCAUUCAUUUGGCAACUAUUAUGGGAGGACAGUGGUCUCCUUCAUUAUUUUUUACCUGAACCCCUUUUUCACAGCCCGUACCUGUAUGCAACUCUGAGAUCUUUUCUCAACCGUUUGUACAAAUUCAGCUUAACCUUGUCGCUGUCGCGCGCCUUGACCUUAUGGUAAUCUGUACUGCUGAUGCCCAGUCAUGUUCCAACAACCACAGUGUGGUUGUUCUCGAUUAAACCGAU